AUGGGCAUCGUGGCGCGGGGCUGCGGAGACAUGCUGACGGGCACCGAGCCGAUGCCGGCGAGCGACGAGGGCCGGGCGCCCGGCGCCGACCCGCAGAACCGCUACUUCUACCCGGAGCCCGGCGCCCAGGACGCGGCCGACCGUCGCGGGGGCGCCAGCCUGGGGGCGCCCUACGCCGGGGGCGCCCUGGUGCCCGCCCCGCCGGGCCGCUUCCUCGGAGCCUACGCCUACCCGCCCCGGCCCCAGGCGGCCGGCUUCCCCGGGGUGGGCGAGCCCUUCCCGCCGGCGGCGAGCGCCGAGGGCUACCAGCCCGGGGACGGCUACGCGGCCCCCGACCCGCGCUCCGGGCUCUACCCGGGGCCGCGCGAGGACUACGCGCUGCCGGCGGGGCUGGAGGUGUCGGGGAAGCUGAGAGUCGCGCUCAACAACCACCUGUUGUGGUCCAAGUUCAAUCAGCACCAGACGGAGAUGAUCAUCACCAAGCAGGGGCGGAGGAUGUUCCCGUUCUUGUCAUUUACUGUGGCGGGGCUGGAGCCCACCAGCCAUUACCGGAUGUUCGUGGAUGUGGUCUUGGUGGACCAGCACCACUGGCGGUAUCAGAGCGGCAAGUGGGUGCAGUGUGGAAAGGCUGAGGGCAGCAUGCCAGGAAACCGCCUGUACGUCCACCCAGAUUCCCCGAACACUGGAGCGCACUGGAUGCGCCAGGAAGUCUCGUUCGGGAAACUGAAGCUCACCAACAACAAAGGGGCCUCUAAUAAUGUGACCCAGAUGAUCGUCCUCCAGUCUCUCCAUAAGUACCAGCCUCGGCUGCACAUCGUUGAGGUGAACGACGGGGAGCCGGAGGCGGCCUGCAACGCUUCCAACACACACAUCUUCACCUUCCAAGAGACCCAGUUCAUUGCCGUGACCGCCUACCAGAAUGCGGAGAUCACUCAGCUGAAAAUUGAUAAUAACCCUUUUGCCAAAGGAUUCCGGGAGAACUUUGAGUCCAUGUAUGCAUCUGUUGACACCAGCGUGCCCUCCCCGCCUGGACCCAACUGUCAAUUGCUUGCGGGAGACCACUACUCUCCUCUCCUACCCAACCAGUAUCCUGUUCCUAGCCGCUUCUACCCAGACCUUCCAGGGCAGGCCAAGGACGUGGCUUCCCAGCCCUAUUGGUUAGGGGGCCCCCGGGACCACAGCUACGAGGCUGAGUUUCGGGCAGUGAGCAUGAAGCCUGCCUUCCUGCCCUCCGCCCCUGGACCCACCAUGUCCUACUACCGAGGCCAGGACGUCCUGGCGCCUGGAGCUGGCUGGCCAAUGGCCCCCCAGUACCCUCCCAAGAUGGGCCCAAGCGGCUGGUUCCGCACCAUGCGGACUCUCCCCAUGGAACCUGGUCCUGGAGCUUCAGAGGGACGGGGGCCAGAGGACCAGGGCUCCCCUUCGGUGUGGACUGAGAUCACCCCCAUCCGGCCAGAGUCCAGUGACUCGGGACUGGGUGAAGGAGACUCUAAGAGGAGGCGCGUCUCCCCCUAUCCUUCCAGUGGCGACAGCUCCUCCCCUGCUGGGGCCCCUUCUCCUUUUGAUAAGGAAACUGAAGGCCAGUUUUAUAGCUAUUUUCCCAAUUGAGCCGAUGACAUGACAGAAACCGUGUCAUCGGGCUGGAGGACACCAGCUAAUGCAGACAGCUGACUCCGGGCUGGGAGGCCCCAGCUCCCUUCGUCCCUUCUCCUUUUGUAGUUGGUUGAGGAAGAGGGGGGCUGAGAAGGCUUCUGGGGUUCCCUCGCUGCUUCGGGCCCACUGCGAAACCUGAGAGGCGUGUCCCCUGCCCCUUCCUCUGCCCUAACUACAGUCAUUUACCUGGUGCUGCUUCUGGCUGUGGGUUCCCAGCUGGAGAACAGAAAACAGAACAAGAAG